UUGAGAAAAUGUUUCAAACAUGGCAUAUUCCAAAAGACAAGAUACACGUGAUACUGAGAGAUAAUGCCAGAAACAUGGUGAAAGCUAUGAUAGAUGCUGGUUUACCAAGUUUGGGGUGUAUGGCACACACCCUGCAGCUGGCCAUCCAUGAGGCAGUGCUGUCACAGCGCAGUGUAAGUGACAUUAUUGCCAAAGGGAGACGCAUUGUGGGGCACUUCAGGCACUCCCCAUUAGCGUAUGCAAGACUUCAGAGUGUACAGAAACAACUUGGCCAGCCCUCCAAAAGACUGCAACAAGAUGUCAGCACUAGGUGGAAUAGCACUUAUUAUAUGCUCCACAGUCUCCUUGAGCAAAAACGAGUAUUGGGCGUUUACGCUGCUGACUUUGAGCUACCUGCAACCUUUACAUCUUCUCAGUGGGAAUUGAUUGAAAACAUGACAACACUGCUGGAACCUUUUGAAGAGCUGACUAAGGAAAUAUGCUCAUCAACUGCAUCUGCUGCUGAUGUCAUACCCUCUGUGAUGGUUUUAAAGCGUAUUCUGACCAAAGAGACUGCAGCAGAUCAUGGUGUGAAGACAACUAAGGACACGUUGCUGGAAGCUGUCACCAAAAGAUUUGCUGACAUUGAAGAAGAGCCCCUCUACAGUUUGGCAACAGUCAUAGACCCAAGGUACAAAGACAGAUUUUAUUCUGAAGGACUUAAGACCAAAACACACAGACUGCUUCUUGGUCUGAUGACAGAAGCCGCUCAGAGGGAUCCAAACCAAGAACAUGAAGCUAACAACACAGGGGAGCCAGCAGAGAAAGUGCCACGACCAGGAUCUUUGUCUUCAAUAUUCGGUGAGAUCCUGGCAGAAGAAACCCCGCAGCAGGCUCACACUGACAGUCCAACGCCAUCAGAGAUGAUAAUCUACCUCUCAGAGCCACCCAUCUCUCGGGGUGCAUCAUCAUUGGAAUACUGGAAAACUAAUAAGGAACGUUUUCCAGACCUUGCUAAAGUAGCAAGAGCUUACCUGUCUGCACCAUGCACAAGUGUGGAGAGUGAGCGCUUAUUCAGUGCUGCAUCCAACAUUGUGGACGAACACAGGAAUAGACUCAUGACUGAAAAAGCUGAGAUGCUUCUCUUUAUUAAAAAGAACCUUCCCACAAUGCUUACCAAUAAGUAAUAGGCUUUUAGCAUGUAAAAAUGCUGUUCAACAUUUUGCCUGUUCAAAGCAAAUGCACUUUAAUUUCACUUGUGCUGUUUUUCUGUUUCAAGAUCUUUAAGACCAUGUUAAUGUUGUUUGAGUAGCAAAUGGGCUAUUUUAUUUUAUAUAUGAAGCAACAGACCCAUAGUAUUGAUUUGUUUAGUAAAUUAUAAGAAAGGUAAACAUGUAGUUUUUUUUCUGACAAUCCACAACAGUUUGCUCAUGCACUUAUGACAGUUAUUUGAAUGCAACCUGCACUUGCCUUUGAACAAUUCCUUUUUUAUUUGACAUAAUUUGAUUAAGGCAAUGUGAGAUUUAUUUUUACUGCAUUAUUCGCCAAGAGGCUUAAUGACUUAACUCUGUUAAAGAUUGCAUUACUGAUAGCAGGUUUUCAGUUGUCCUUUUCGCUAAAUAUUUGCU